CUACAAGCAUGCUGUUGAUGUCAGGAGCAGAGGAGGGGAACGUGAGGAAUGGCUGAAAACUGACGGUGAUCUCCUGCAAGGAAACAUACCAGGACAGAAAAAUGAUUGUCCGGUAUGUUUAACUGAAGAUUUCACUGUCACCGGAUCAGCUUCUUAGCGACGCGUUAACAGCCACCGCUAGUUUUUUUUUUCGGGGGGGGGGUUUAUUUAAUGGGACAACGAAAACGCAAAAAACGCAAGGUAGGCUACCGCUCCUGUCGCCAGCACUGCUACUUUAUUUUCAUGGACUAAUACGACACACAGGGGGUUGAGAAAUGUUUCACAGCAAGGUAAAUCGCUCGUCUUCGUCUUCUUUCUAACACUAACUAGACGUUAGCGUGGAUAUUUUUGGUCAGGCUCGUUAAUGUACGAAGUGUUUGAACGUUACAUUUUGUAUUGAAAAGCGUCGGUUAGGCUUCAUCUCUUCAUGCCUCAACCGACCAAACCACAUGAGAAGUCGACGUCCGGAAUAGAUUAAACCACUAACAAAGCCUCCCCUGUCCGCCUUUUUGUGUCGCUUUCACCUGAACCGACGAGGAGAAAAUGCGUGUGGAUUUGUUUUGGAUAUGUUUGUGGUGUUUCCUUCGUCCUGGUGCCACCGGUCAAGGGCAGUCGACGGCCGUUUGUUCGCCCUCAUGCAGCUGCGAUGAAGAUGGAGGUGCAGACUGCUCCGGGAGAGGACUGACCAUCGUCCCAACCGGGCUCAGCGCUUUCACCUACUACCUUGACCUGAGCAUGAACAACAUCACUGAGCUUCCAGCAUAUGUAUUCAAGAACUUCCCCUAUCUGGAAGAACUACGACUUGCGGGGAAUGACCUGUCAUUCAUCCACCCUGAAGCCCUGUCUGGACUGCAUCAGCUCAAAGUCCUGAUGCUCCAGAAUAACCAGCUAAAGACUGUGCCCAGCGCAGCCCUGAAGACCCUUCAUUCUCUCCAGUCUCUUCGCCUGGAUGCGAACCAUAUCACCACCGUUCCAGAUGACAGUUUUGAAGGCCUUCAGCAGCUGCGCCACCUCUGGUUGGAUGACAACAACCUGACGGAGGUCCCCAUCAGUUCCCUGAGACACCAGGCGAACCUUCAGGCUCUGACGCUGGCACUCAACUGCAUCUCGUACAUACCAGACAACGCCUUCACAAACCUCACCAGUCUAGUUGUGUUGCAUCUUCACAACAACAGAAUUAAAGAGAUAGGAGACAACUGUUUUGCUGGACUCUUGAACCUGGAGACACUAGAUCUGAACUUCAACAACCUGAUGGUUUUUCCCAAAGCAAUACAGGCCCUGCCUAAACUGAAGGAACUCGGCUUUCACAGCAAUGAUAUUGCUUCCAUACCUGAACGGGCCUUCCAUAACAACCCCCUGCUGCGAACCAUACAUCUCUAUGACAACCCUCUGUCCUUCGUGGGCGCGUCAGCUUUCCAGAAUCUGUCGGACCUGCACUCCCUGAUGUUGCGUGGGGCCAGUAUGAUGCAGGACUUCCCCAUCCUUACAUGGACUAAUAAACUUGAGAGUCUGACCCUGUCAGGAACCAAGAUCUCGUCCAUCCCCGCUGAUCUGUGUGAGGAUCUCAAGUUGCUUCGGACACUAGACCUGUCCUACAAUGAGGUCGAGGGGCUUCCGUCCCUCCAGGGCUGCGUCCUCCUGCAGGAGAUAAGCUUUCAGCACAAUCAUAUUCAAGAAAUUGAAAGGGACACUUUCCAAGGUCUCUCUGCUCUCCAUUUACUAGACCUGAGUAGAAAUGAAAUCCGGGUUAUCCACAGAGACGCUUUCCUCACCCUUACUGCUCUCACCAACCUAGAUCUGAGUAUGAACUCUCUGACUGUGAUUCCAACGACUGGACUGAGCGCCCUCAGUCAGCUAAAACUCUCAGGGAACCCACAGAUGAAAAAUGUGCUGACAGCAAAAAACCUACCCAAACUCAGGUCCAUCUCUGUCCCUUACGCCUACCAGUGCUGUGCAUUUGUUGGAUGUGACUCAAUGACGAGUUCCUCUGAGGAAAAUGACGUAAAGAAAUCUACAGCGGGAGAGGACGUGGAAAGAAUCUCAAUGAUUAUGCACUGCUCCCCUUCACCAGGAGCUUUCAAGCCUUGUGAGCACCUCCUGGGUAACUGGAUGAUUCGUCUGACAGUCUGGUUCAUCUGCCUGGUGUCGCUGGUCUUUAACAGCCUGGUGCUGGUGGCGACCUUCUCCCCCGCACAGCGAGCAGCAAGCCAUUCCCACUCCCUCACUGUAUCUCUCUCUCCAGCCAGGCUGCUCAUGGGGCUGCUGGCCCUGGCCAAUCUGCUUACAGGUGUGUAUGUCGGCGUGCUGACCGUGCUCGAUGUUGCUACCUGGGGCUCCUUCGCGGAGUUUGGUGUGUGGUGGGAGAUGGGGCCUGGCUGUCAGAUCACAGGAGCUCUGGCCGUCUUCUCAUCAGAGUGGGCGGUAUUGUUACUGUCACUGGCAGCUGUGGAGCGUAGCGUUGCCGUGCGGACGAUUCUCGGGAAAGUAAUGAUGUCACCCAGGAGGAACGGCGGCAGCCAUGGCGGAUGCUGGAGAGGAGAUCGACGCUUCAGCCUGGCUGCAGGACUACUGGGGCUGCUGGCUGCUGCUGGAGCCUGCCUGCCUCUCCUGACCUCCAGCGACCAGUCGGCCUCUCCUCUCUGCCUGCCCUUCGCUGGGGGUGAGAGUCCAGCUCUGAGUGUCACAGUGGUUCUGGUGCUGCUCAACGCACUUGCUUACCUGUUCACUGCAGCUGUUUAUACCCAGCUGUACUGCCACCUGGGCAGGGUGGAGCUGGCUGAUCCAGAGCAGACAGGUGCCCUGCGACAUGUAGCCUGGCUCAUCUUUACCAACUGCAUCUUCUUCUGCCCUGUGGCAGCUUUCUCCUUCGCCCCUCUCUUGACUGGCUCUACAGCUGGCGGCCCAGAGAUCGCCAAGUCUGUUACCCUCAUUUUCUUCCCGCUGCCUGCGUGCCUGAACCCAGUGCUGUAUGUGUUCUUCAGCCCGGCCUUCAGGGAGGACUGGCUGAGACUACGCGGCCGCGGAGGUUUCACCAGGGAGGUGAAGGCUGGUGCUGAAAGUCAUGGAGACGAAGGUGGUGGAGGGUCAGAGCUCACAGACGGGGGAUCCUCCACCCACCUGGGCUUUGACUGUGGGGUGUACUCACAGCUUUGUGGAGAGACAGUUGUAUGCGAGCAGUGCGAGGCAGCGCUGCAUGCCAGGACCUGCUCUUCCCCCUCAUCCUCCACAGUCUGUAGACACUUGGUGAAGUCUCACAGCUGUCCCACCCUCCUGGCGGGAGCUGCAGUGUGCCCGCGUGCAGAGGGGUUUUGGGCAGACAGCGGCACUCCCUCCGCUCAGUCUGAGUACGCCGAUGAGGGGGACUCAUUUGUGUCGGACAGCUCGGACCAGGUUCAGGCCUGCGGCAGAGCCUGCUUCUGUCAGACCAGAGGCCUUCCUCUUGUACACUAUUCAUACAAUAUACCUCGAGUCAAGGACUAAGGACGCUUCAGAACUCCACUAUAUGCACAGAUCUCUGUCAUGUGAAUUUAGAUGCUACAAGAAUAUGUAAACCUUUUUAUAUAAAGAAAAAUGUGCCAACUACCCUGCUCAAAGACUAUUGAGCAAGCACUUAAGAAAACAGAUGCAACCAAUCAUUUAAAGGGAACUUGGAUACCAUUUCUAAAUGAGCUGAACUGAGCACAUCAUGUUACACAAUGGUCGACAAAGGAUCUUGCAAUGGAAAAUCUUGCCACCAGUGCCUUCCGAGUGGAUAUCAUGAUUUUGCGAGCUUCAAUUUAUGUGUCGAAGACUUUAUGGUUCCUCUGUUUUACCUGUACUUUUAAGCUUUUUAAAUUUUAAUUGUUAUACAUCAUGUCAAUUUUUAAAGCUUCUCCACAGCAACUGUCGAUUUUAUACUUAGAAAUUUUGUUUAAAUAUAAAUGUAGCAAAUGUAAUAAUCAUCCUAGACUUUCUCUGUUUGAAUGUAACUUUCAGGCGGUCUUCACCCAUCAGAGGGGAAUAAUGUAACGUCACCGAUAACUUCUUCCCUACCUGCGAUCAUACUCUUAUCAGUGUGAGAAUGGUGAAUGCUAGUCUAUAAUAAACACUUCUUUGCUUUAAGUUACUAAGACUGAGAAUGUGAUGAAAGUAGCAGAUAUCACUGUUUUAGCAACAACUAUGCUUGGCGGUUUUGAAAGAUUUUAUUUAUUGUGUGAGCAGCAGGAGUGUCUGGGUGGAGACGAUUUCAGGUGUAUGAAAGGUGGCCUUUGAAUGAUGAAUAUACAAUAUAACCCUAAACAUUCACCAAAACAGAAGCACCUCUUUUUCUUAUCCUUCGCAGAAAGCUAGUACAUACACACAGGUUUAGGUCAUUAUUUUCAACAGUCUGAAGGAAAAUUCCUGUUAUUUUUAAAUCUGGGCCUUUUUUUAUUUAGUAAUUUUUUCAUCAUGCUCUUUGAUUUGGAACAAAGUUUUUAUUUCUUAACUGCAGAGCUAUAAAAAACACACAAACACAGUAAAAUAACACUUAAAUUAGACCUAUUUUAUCUGAUGUUUCAGCUUAUUUUUGGCUUACAGAACAAUGGCUGACCUAUUGCUCUAUUGAAUACUGCGUCAAAAGCUGAAUGAUUAAACAAAGAAGAAGAAACCUAUUAAUUAGUGAGCUUUAGAUAUACUGGUAGGUGGAUUAUGUUCCCUCCAGAUACAUUAAGGCUAGCUGCUUGCGCCUGCUUCCAAACUUUAUGCUAAGCUAACAUAAGCAUACAGAUUGUAUAGAGUGGUUUCUCAUUUCUCAUAUAACUCUGGGGGACAAAAAGAGAAUAUUUGCCAAAAUGACGCAAAAGAAAAAUACAGCCAAACUUUUGUUAUUAUUUUACCCCAUAAAAUAUAAAAGUUUCUUGACAAACAUACAACAAACAGGAAUCAAAAUCACCUUUAUUCACACUAUUUUCAUGAGAUGACAUACAUUUGAUUGAUUAAAACCCAUUUUUAAACAUAAUUUUACUUGUGCACAACAAGUUAAACACAUGAAUACCGUCCAAGUUAAACACGUGAAUGUAAUGUGAAAGCAUCGUGACGUGAACACAGCAGGAGACUGGCAGCCAGCUGAGUCAACAAGAGUGUAUACACAGUGCCAAAAGGUUUGAAAUGGACUAUUAUUACUGAAAAGUGGGUGAUCAUUAACAUUGACAUUUAACGACAUUGUCUACACUGAUUUUGUAUUUAAAGGAUUUUUUUUUUGGUGUUGGUAUACAGUCAGUGUACCUGUUGUACUAUACAGUGAUGUAAAUCGCCAAAUUUUUACCGGAAAAGAAAAUGGGCAUGAUGGAACAAAAGUAGUAAAAUAAGGCCUAUGUUGAAAACAGGAGGAAUUACCUUCAAAGUAAUUAAUUCAGGAAUGUCUUUGCAAUCCAGUUUCAUUAUCAGUGAGUGACUCAGAGACUUGCUGUAUGAUCAUUUAAGUCUGCAUCGUCCACUUUUAUUGUACAGAUCAUCAGAAUAGCAUUUUUAUACUGUAAAGCAUAUAAAUGUAGACAUCUUUUGCCCUGACAGCUGACCUGAGUGAUACUGUGAGUGACGAGGAGUUGACUGAUGUUUGGUGUGCUGGAGCAUGACCGUACACAUUAAGGUGGAUACACCCUCGGAGCGUGUAUCCACAAGUGCACGUCAUGUGAGUGCUCAGGAAUUUAGACAAUGUAGGCAAACAUUUUCUUCCACCAACAAGACAUUCUUGUGCCCUUAUAAUGCACCAUUUAAUUGUAAUCCUUUGGGUUUGUUUUCUGUUUUCAUGUAGUCUCGACUGGGUGUCUAAAAUCUUGCACCAACCAAAAUGUCCGUUGAUUGUUUGAGAUGCCUGAUGUCCCAUCUGGUGAAAAUGUACAAAUCUUUUUUAGUAGUUUGGUUAUUGGUUUUUGUAUUUGUAUGUAAAUUAUUUGAAAAGAAAACAAGUAAUCAAGAAUGGGAUGCUAACCAAGGAAGCUACCUCCUCAACUGUAGUGGCUACCAGCAGUGCUUUGUAAAAGAAUAGUCUGUUUUCAUUUGUUGUUACUUUGUUUGCGUUCUUGGCUUUAUGUUGACACAUGUGGUUGUACAUCAUCAUUUUAGUUAAGUGCAAAUUGUGGGAGGAAUCUAUGUACUGUAUACUGUGAUUUUUUUUUUUUUUUUUUUUUUUUUUUAAAUCAAACUAUAAACUAUGAAUUUUUUUGGUUUAUCUUUUAUAGAUACAAACUUGCAGAAUAAUACGGAUUAUGAAAAGUAUCUCACUUAAUUUCAGUUCAAAUUAAAUCUUGUAGUUUUUCAUGUGAGAUCUCCCCACGUUGUUUUUUUAUUCUGUUCAAGUAGAAAAAUAAUUCUAUAAAUUGUGUAUGAAUAAAAUUGUGUUCACUG